AUGGCCUCCAAGACUUACAACGUCGGUGUGAUCGGCUACGGCUUCAGUGCCAAGAUCUUCCACAUCCCCUUUGUGAAGCAGAUCCCCGAGCUCAAACUUUACGCUAUCGUGCAGCGCACUCCCAAGGCCAACGAUGAUGCGGAGAAGGAUCACCCUGGUGUCAAGUCGUUCCGUACGACGGACGACAUGGUCAAGGAUCCCGCGGUUGACGUCGUGAUCGUGACUACUGCCCCGGACUCCCACUUUGACCAGUGCAAGCUCGCCCUGGAGGCUGGCAAGCACGUGGUCUGUGAGAAGCCUUUCACACCCACCCACAAGGAAGCCGAGGAGCUCGUCGCCAUUGCCAACAAGCAGAACAAGCUUCUGGCCGUAUACCAAAACCGCCGCUGGGAUGCUGAUUUCGUGACCCUCUCCAAGCUGGUCAAGAACGGCUCGCUCGGCCGCAUCUCCGAGUUUGAGACUCACUUCGACCGCCACCGUCCCGAAGAACCCGCCGCCGAGUCUCACAAGUGGAAGAACAAGGUCAUCCCCGGUGGCUCAGCCAUCUACGACCUAGGUACUCAUCUCCUAGACCAAGCCGUGCACCUCCUUGGCCUCCCAAAGCGCGUGACAGCCUUCAUUGGCUCUGCCCGUGCCAGUAACAGCUCCGGAUUCGAAGACUCUUUCACCGUCCUUCUUCACUACCCCAACAACCUAAUGGUGACGGCCAAGGCGACCGUUGUCAGCCCCGAAGACGAGCAGCUUCGUUUCUGGGUCCGUGGCGAAAAGGGCAGCUUCAAGAAGUUCCACCUCGAUAUUCAAGAAGACCAGCUCAAGGCUGGCAUUAUGCCCCAGGAUAACGGCUAUGGUCGUGAGCCCAGCGAGCGCUACGGUACCCUAACGACCAUCCAGGAUGGAAAGCCUGUCAAGGAGGUUGUUCCUACCUACUACCGCAAGCUUGUUCGCGCCCUUGGCGGUGAGGGUGAUUUGCCCGCUAGCGGUGCUGAGGCUAGUCAAGUCAUUCGGUUGAUUGAGCUGGCUCGUGAAAGCUCUCACACUGGUCGGACUCUGGAUGUCUGA